AUGGCUCCGAAGAUGACCAAGAACCAGAUGCGACGAGCGAAGAAGAAGGAACAGAAACAGGCGCAACAGGUCACCCCGACUCCAGAGCCUGAAAAGGCACCUGAGCACGUUCCUCAGCCUGCUGCUGCGCCAUCGAAAACUGAAGACGAAGAAGAGGAAGAUAUCCUAAAGCCAGAAGUUGCGCCCCUUGACAUUAGCGAAGAUGAUCCCAACUAUGCGAUGUACAAGGACAUUAUGGAUAAAUUUGGUACGAGUGCGGAAGAGGAAGAGGCUGCGAAGGAAGCAAACGCUGGUGAGAAAGGAGAAGUAUUCUUCGAUGAUGACGAUGAUAUCCCUGAGGAGGAGGAAGAGGGCGAUAAGGAGGGGAAGCUGUCCAAGAAGAAGAGAAAGGAGCGGGAUAAGCUAUCUGUGGCGGAAUUGAAGGCUUUGGUCCAAAAGCCAGAGCUCGUGGACUGGACUGACACAUCGGCUUCCGACCCACGAUUACUCGUCCACAUCAAGUCGUAUCGAAAUGUCGUUCCAGUACCAAGCCAUUGGUCAUUGAAGCGCGAAUAUCUAUCCUCGAAGCGCGGUGUGGAGAAGGCUCCAUUUGCUCUACCGAAAUUCAUCCAAGAGACUGGAAUUGCAGAAAUGCGUGAUGCAGUGUUGGAGAAGCAAAACGAAGCCAGUUUGAAGCAGAAGCAACGAGAAAGAGUUCAACCGAAGAUGGGCAAGCUGGACAUCGAUUAUCAAAAGCUCUACGAAGCAUUUUUUGUCCGCCAAACGAAGCCAGAAUUGACUCGAUAUGGUGAGGUCUAUUACGAGGGCAAGGAGUACGAGACUAAUUUAAAGCAUCUACGUCCUGGAGAGUUGAGCGAUGAGUUGAAAGAAGCCCUCAAUAUUCCACCUGGAGCUCCACCACCAUGGUUGAUCAAUCAGCAACGAUUCGGUCCUCCCCCAUCUUACCCCUCACUCAAAAUCCCAGGAUUGAAUGCGCCACCUCCACCCGGCGGCGCUUGGGGAUUCCAUCCUGGUGGAUACGGCAAGCCUCCUGUUGACGAGUUCAAUAGACCACUUUAUGGUGGUGAUAUCUUCGGUGUUUUGCAACCCCAGGUCAACAACCAAGCUGGCGAGCCUAUUGAGCGAACACUUUGGGGAGAAUUGCAAGCACCAGAAGAAGAAUCGGAAGAGGAAGAGAGUGACGAGGAGGAAGAAGAGGGCGACGAGGAAGAUAUUGGUGCCGGCCUUCAGACACCCAGUGGUUUGGAAACUCCCGGUGGAAUGGCUUCAACAGUACCAUCCGAAUACCCAGGCGACAUGAGUGUUGGCGGCGACUUUGACCUCCGGAAGCAGAAGAGAGGCACCGAGACAGAGGAAUCUUCGGCCCCCAGAUCAGCUUACACCGUUAUACCUGAGCGACAAAUCCGUGCUGAAGGUUUCUUUGGUGGUGAGAGAGCUUAUGAUGUCCGUGGCGCACAGAAUGCAAAUCUUCCGGUCCUUGGCCAAGAAGAUGAGAGCAGGAAACGCAAGAAGCCUGGUGAUGUGGACGUUUCUCUCGACCCCGAUUCGCUGAUUUCAGAGGAUGGAAUCAGUAAUGAGGAAAAGAAGCGUAGAUUCGAACAAUCGAAGAAAGAGGAGAAAAGUGCGUGGCAAAGGGAAGAGAGCUUGGAUGAUAUGAUUGCGCAAGAGUCUCGGAAGAGACAGAAGCGCGACGAGGAGAAGAGAGGCGAAAAGAGAGAGCGAAGCUACAGAUUUUAG